AUGCAACUUUCGCUGCAAAAUCCUGGCAACAAGCUUUUAGAAUACCGGGGAGAACCUGGUACCCAUGAUAUAUUACUAGGUGCCAACACAUUGCAAGAUUUGUGCGUGGUCCAAGAAUCUUAUAAUCAUUUUCGGAAUAGACCCGAAUAUGAAAUUGACAUGGAUAAUUUUAGUGAUCUUAAUAGAGUAUCGAUUCCUUCAUACAAAAAAUCAUUAAAUCACGGUCGAGGAGAUCGUGCUGAGAGGGAAAGUUGGAUUGAUGUGAAGCCGCCAUUUGAUAUUAUUCUUUUUGAAGGAUGGUUGCUUGGAUUUAAACAUCUAUGUAAAAACCAACUUGAACAAGCAUAUAGCAGGGCAUUAGUAACGCCAUCAUUAUUCACGAUGGCAUCUCAUCCUCUUUCGCAUCUUGAAGCAAUUAAUGAAAAUUUGAAAAAAUAUGAAAAAGAAUGGUACCCAUUUCUUGAUUUGUUUGUUCAUAUUGACGCAGAAGACAUUAAUGAUGUUUAUCAAUGGAGAUUGGAACAGGAACUAAAUAGGAUUAAUCUAGGAGAACCUGGGAUGACCAAGGAACAAGUUCAUGAUUUUGUAGAUAGAUAUAUGCCCGCUUAUGAACUUUAUCUACCUAGAUUGCGCAAAGAGAACUUCUUUUGUGAUAUUAUUGAACAGGACGAUGAGAAUAGAUGUAAGAAUAAUAAUGAUGGAACGAAAAUUAGUAAAUGUUUAAAUCAUGAACAACAUUAUGGAAGACACUUGAAACUUAUAUUCAAUAGUAAUAGAGAUUUGCUGAGUAAGAUUAUAACGUGA